UUAGGUAAGGAGUUAAAAACUCAAUUUAUUUUUACAAAUUGAAGUAAAAAUCUAAAGAUGAAUAAAUCACAAUGAUAUUUCAGUAAUAAUUGAAUUUAAAAAUUACCAAACAAAUAAUGAAAAACAAGGAAAAACCGACAAACCAGCUUUGGAGUUUUGUUCUCCUUGUCGCACACUCCUCUGAGAAUUGGGGCGGAGUUGCCUGUGACUGCUGAUUGAAUCGCUGGCCAACACAAACACACGACUUCACAGUAAAAUGAGUAAAAUGCAAGAAGCUUAACUGCGUGUUUUGUUUGUUUACGAAUGCCACUCACAAGUAGGAACUGCUGAGCAUUGAAAGUUGACGAUAAAACCCAGCUUGGGGACGAUUUUCAUGGCUAGAGUGUCACUAAAGGAGUCAAGAGAUGAAGCUGCGAGGAGGCAAAGAAGUAAAAACACCCAUUCAAAAGCCGCUGUGCAGACUGUGCGAGUGUCCGACGUCGGACGGCCACGUCCUCGCGUCGCAGGUGGACAGGAUCAAGCUGAGGAAAUGGGCCAUGAAGGUCAUGAACCUGACGGAAGAAGACGAAAACUUGCCGGAGGUGGUCGGAGAAGACGCUUUGAUCUGCUAUUUUUGCAUCUGGCAGGCAGAGUUUGGGGAUGAGUCUGGAGAUGAGGCUGUUGCUUGGUGGCCGAAAAAUCUUGAUUUGGAAGAAAACGCUAAGGUCCUGCGGGAGAAUUAUUCAGUUGGAGAAGUAGAGCAGUGUUGGGUGCAGUUGGAAGAGGUUGAUCUGACCAAAUACACAGAGGAUAUCCCAUUGAAAAAGAUAUACGUCAGUGGAGUGUGUUUAUACUGCGGCAAUAGUUACAACCGACUGAUGGACCACGUCAAACUGAUGCACAGAGAAGCCAUCAAAUGCGGAAUUCGGGGCUGCUCGACCUUUUUUCACACUGAGGAGGAAAAAGAGCAGCACAUGCAGCAGGUUUCACACGAGAAACGUAACAAACCACGCGAAAGCAAGGAAAUUCGGUGUGAAUUUUGUCAAGAAGUCAAAAUAUAUUCCUCAGUGAAAGCUUGGAAGAUGCACAUGAAACGCAAACAUCCGGAAUUUUCGGUGCGGUGCUCGCGUUCAGGCUGCAAAAAGUACUUCAAAUCCAAGUCUGAAAUGAUUCUCCAUUUCAACUCGUGGCACAAACUAGGAAAAAAACAUCGUGUUCUCCAGUGCAAGCAGUGCGAGUAUUUCACCAGGCACGACGAGAACAUUUUGAGACGACACGUCGAGUCGAAGCACAUGCCAAAGACCUUCAAAUGCGACAGUUGCGACGCCAAAUUCGGCUCGAAAAGGCAUAGGAAUAUACAUUACAGUAACGUUCACACAUCUGACAAAUGCAAAUCUUGUGGCCAGGACGUGGCUCUCGGACGCACGAUAGCCCACAGAAAGCCAUCGGUUUGCUCCAAAUGCAAAGUGAGUUUCGAGUGCUCGGGUUUGAAUCAAUUACAUAGGAAGAAAUGCCGAGAAACCCUCUUAAGUUGCAAAGAGUGUGGCAAAUUGUUCACCGUGAGUGUUGAGUUGCAUCGCCACAUUGAAAAUGUUCACAACAAAACUGGGAUUUUGCGCUGCGACCUUUGCGACCAUUCUACAUUUGAAAAGAGCCACAUGCGGCAGCACAUGCAACGGACACAUUUUUUUCCAAAGAUGAUUAACAAUAAGUGAGAAGUGCAACAAAAAUUGUUUUCCUCGAAAUUUAUACGUUCGCUGCUCAGGAUAUUCUCAACUCAAGACUUGCCGCCGCUGCGAGUGCAAGUUCAAGUGCCGUGGCCGUGGACUUCUCGAAAAGCUUGUGCAGAUUUCUGUUGUGACAUGUACACCCGAAAUACGGCUGUUUUGCUUUCAGUUUCAAUCUUGGAUGGUGUUUCGUGUAAAAAUAUUUGAAAUAUUGAAAUAAAAUUAAUUAUUUUUACAAUUAAAAAUAUAUUUCAGUUACAAUUUCUUCUAAAUUUCUAGUUUCUUUGAUUAUAUAUUUUUUGUAUGUAAAGCAUCACACAGAAAAUGUCUUUCAACUUAAAAUUCAUCUAAAAUUAG